UUCCUUUAUAGACACAAAGCUGAGUGACUGAGCCGACGACAUUAAGAGCAAGCGGAGAGAUGAGCAAGUGGGUGAUCGACAUCAACGCUAAACUCGACAACCUCGGCAAUGCUCAAAGCCAAGAAGAGCAGUGCUGGACGAAGCGGUCCAUCUACAAGCUCCCUCCCCUCAUCUCCGACCUCAAGAAGGAAGCCUACGAGCCCCAAGCAGUAUCGUUCGGGCCCUACCACCACGGGAAGCCUCACCUAAAGUCCAUGGAGGAUCACAAGGAACGCACUCUCCUCAAUUUCCUCCAUAGAUCCCCGGUGUCUCUGGGCACAAUCUUCGACUCCAUGGUUGAAGUGGCGCAAGAGCUCAAGGAUUCAUACGACUCGCUUGAGCGCAAGUGGCAAAACAAUACUAAAAAAUUUGUGCAGCUAAUGAUUGUGGAUGGGUGUUUCAUGCUAGAAAUAUUACGGGCGACGUCACCCGAGUUUGAGAGUGAUUAUUCUAAUAAUGAUCCCAUAUUUGGCCCUCAUGGAAAGCUUUAUGCUAUGCCGUUUAUCAGGCGAGACAUGUUAUUGUUGGAGAAUCAAUUGCCGAUGCUCGUGUUAUUCAAACUCAAAGGUAUUGAAGAAUAUGCUGAGGAUGACAUGGAGACUUUGAACAAGUUGAUACUCGAAUUCUGUGGCCAUGGCGCUCAUGGCUCAAAAAUGGGCAAACGCCUCCACAUCCUAGACCUCUAUCGCAAGAGCUUGCUCUACAAGGGGCCCAAGCCCCCCAAAUCAACCAAGCCAAAGGACAGCCAGGGACACGACAGUACCACCGUCGUCCGCUCAGCCACGGAGUUGCGUGAAGCCGGCAUCCGCUUCAGGAAGAGUAAAAGCGAAAGCCUUAGGGACAUCUCCUUCGACGGCGGUGUCCUGAGUCUCCCCAAAUUUGUUGUCGACGACACCACCGAAUCAACCUUCCUAAACCUCAUUGCAUUCGAGAGGUGCCAUGUUGGAGCCGGCCACGCCAUUACUUCGUUCAUUUGCUUCAUGGACAACAUUAUCGACCACGAUCGCGACAUCAGCCUGCUAAGCUCCAAAGGGAUCAUCCACAACGUCGCCGGCACUGACAAGGCUGCGGCCAAUUUGUUCAAUACAAUGUCGAAGGAUUUGAUGAUGGAUUCCUCCAGCGACCUUAACAUGGUGACUAUGAGCAUCAAUUCGUACUGGAAGAAGCCGUGGCAUAAAUGGCGCGCCAUGUUGAUUCAUACUUACUUUAGAAGCCCAUGGGCGAUUGUUUCUGUGGUCGCCGCCGUCGUCCUCUUUGCCCUGGCUACAGUGUCGACUGUCUACGAUGUCAUGGGUAAAUAAUUGU